AUGAGGACCCCGGUACCACACUUACGGAAGAAGACAGCCUCCGCAAUCGUCGCAAAAUCAAUCGCCUCCGACUUCAUUCAGACGACACUUGACGAGCACCUCAAGAUAUUUACAGAUGGAUCUGUCCUCCAAAAGCCCAGAUCAAGCACUGCCGCCUUCUGCAUCCCAGCCCUUAACUUAUCUUCGAGUGGACGCAACAUCACCAAAGUCUCCUCCUCAACUGCCGAGCUCAUAGCCGUAGAAUACGCACUGAGGAACCUGCAAACACUUUCCCCUCAACCAGCCCCUCAACCAGCCGUCAUCCUCACCGAUUCCCGCUCAGCUCUUCUUCGGAUCCAGCACCCAAAGCACGAAGACACCGUGGCUUGGCAAGUUCGAGACCUAAUUCGAACGCUCGAGGACUUGAACUAUAAAGUCCACCUCCAUUGGAUACCUUCACAUGUGGGCAUAGACGGCAAUGAACACGCGGACAACCUUGCAGCGGCAGCGCACCAACUUGACGCAAACCUACCUGCCCCUAUUGACCCUGACGCCACGCGCACGGCAAUAAGGGAUUAUAUCACCAUGGUUCAUCUCCAAACAGCAAACUCUCCAGCAGAAUACGCACCUGCCUGUCCGACCAGAGGACUUCCGAGACACACUGCCACGCUUAAACAUCGCCUGAGAACGGGAAGUGCCUUCACACCAGCGUUCCUGCGUAAGCUCGGACGAACAGAGUCACCAUACUGCAGCAGCUGUAGAGAACUAUCCGAUAUAUGCCAUCUUCUCUUUUGUUGCGGGAGGUAUCACAGCGAAAGGCAAUCCCUACUUCAACGUCUUCAGGGCACAGGAACGACUUUACGCUCUUCUAAUGACCUCACGCACCAUCAAGGGUCAAGAUAUACCCGAAGGAAUAUUCGGGACGCACUCCUCAGCUUCCUAGAAGACACCGGACUUUCGUCUGUUUUGUAAUUUCAUCCCCCUAACCCCUCCUUUUCCUCUUUCCUUCUUUCUUAACUAUUUUGCUUAUUCUUUUCCUCCCUUACUCCCCUCCCUUGGAAAUGUAACUUGCCGCCAUUAUUCUGAGCAGGCAGACCACAUUUCUUUUCUUA